AGGCCAAGCUCCGCGACCCUGAUAAACAACAACCACGUUGUGAUUGCUGGGUUGUAGCGGGGAGAUCCGCGCAAGCCUCUGGGUUUUGGGUUGGAUCUGCAAAAUAUCAUCGCUGCUUGCUCAAGCAUAGAAAAGGAAAAGGAGCAUGGGAAUGAGGCUGAACGUGUACACGGACUGCGCGAUACUCGACAACAUCGAAAUCAAGCGUUAGAGAAGGGAAGGGCUACUCACCAACCCAGUUAAUUGAUAGAUUGUGUGUGCUUUGCCGGGAGAGGAGCGAGGAAAGGAAGAGCGGACAUGGCGGCACCAGCAGCAGCAGCGGGAGGAGGAGGAGCAGCUGCAGUGGAAUGGCACUUGAGACCGCCCAAUGCCAAAAACCCUAUAGUAUUUUUCGAUGUGACAAUUGGUAGCCUGCCUGCUGGUCGCAUUAAGAUGGAGCUCUUCGCUGACAUUGUGCCCAAAACCGCAGAGAAUUUUAGGCAAUUUUGCACUGGGGAAUUCAGGAAGGGUAAUAAUCCCAUUGGGUUCAAAACAUCCACUUUCCAUCGUGUUAUUAAGGAUUUCAUGAUCCAAGGAGGUGACUUCGUGAAGGGAGAUGGAAGUGGCUGCACCAGUAUCUAUGGAAGUAAAUUUGACGAUGAGAACUUUAUCGCUAAGCACACCGGUCCAGGGCUGCUUUCUAUGGCUAAUAGCGGACCAAAUACAAAUGGAUGUCAGUUCUUCAUCACAUGUGCCAAGUGCGACUGGCUGGACAACAAACACGUUGUUUUCGGGCGCGUGCUUGGGGAAGGCUUGCUGGUCGUGAGGAAAUUGGAGAAUGUGCAAACAGGGCAAAACAACCGGCCCAAGCUUGCUUGCACUAUCGCCGAAUGUGGUGAAAUGUAAAGUGUUACUUUGAUCAAGGAAAAGCUUUACGCAUCCUCUGUUAAGCACUUUUUGGCCUGAAUCCGAGGAACAAUCUUGAAAGCAAUAUGUUGGAACCACUAUUAUGCUCAGGUGAAAUCAGCUGUAUAUGUGGUCAUUGCGUAUCUUAAUCUUAGUGAAAGUGAACUGAAGUUUGUGCUGCUAUUUGUGCCAAUGUUUAAAUGGCUUUAGCUAUUUUUUGUGCUACUAUUGAGUUAACUAUGGCUGUCUCUGAAUUUGUUUUA